AUGACCGUGUACGGCCGGGCGUUCCCGAAGAAAUCAAGCUGCAUCAAUUGUGUGCAUACGCUGUACGCCGACGAAGUGACCGAGCACAAGGAAACCAUGCGCGAAAUUCGCGCACGAUUGGCUCAGUAUGAUCCCCCUAUCACAGAAAAGGAGUGGGAUACGAAGCAAUUAGGCCCCCUCCCCUCGGCGGCGGAGGGCAGCGGAGCCGAGGCGGAGAACGACUCCACCGAAGGGAUGGACCCCUCCAUGGCCGCGUUCAUGGCCUUGCAAAAGCAGCUACAGACGAAAAAGUAG